AUGACGCUGGUGCUGGUGGAUUCGGACAACCACACGAUCAAUCUGACGUGCGAAAUCGAAACGGAGUGCAUUCGCUGGUGUUUCUAUCUGAAGGUGCUGCUCGUCUGGUUCCACAAGACCGGGAGCCAUUUGCUGGCGAACAUGCAGGCGAAUCUGGACGACGCGGACCGCAUCUUCUACUCGAAAAUGACGUCGUUCUCGCAGUAUUAUCAGAGCAGCGAGGCCAUCCAUCUCAUCAGCGAGAUGGCGCAGAAGUCGUUCAUCUCGUUCAUCAACGAGCACAGCGAUAUCGGAUCGCUUCUCCCGAUGCACAUCGACGUGAGCUGUACUCUCUUCGUCUCUCCUCCACCUAAUCGCGAUCAGUUCCGUCCGCACACCAUCCCCACGCUGAUUCUCCGCAUUGUGAACGUGCUCGCGCACCGCCACGCCUUCCUCCAAUACCCGAUCAAAGCGCUCUCCUCCAUCGACAACGACUUCAAGACGCGCGUCAACAAUGGCGAUUACGACGUGAUCGACGCGGAGACGAACAUGUCCGUUCUCUUCACAUUGCUUCGCGACUGGGUCCGUUCUGUCAAGGGCGGUUUUAUUCCCCCGGAGCAUCGCAAUGAGUUCCUCCUCCUCGUGGAGCGCGAGGAGGAGGAGAAGCUCUACCAGAAAGUGCUCGAGCUCCCGCUGGCCGUGAGCAGCACGAUCCUCUACGUGGUGCGGUUCAUCUGGCAGCUGAUGCUCUUCCCCAAGAGCGUGAACCGCAACCCCGACUCCUCCGUCUGCUUCUACUCCUCGCUGUACCCCACCUCGAUCGUCGCCGACGCGCUGGGCAACUCCUCGCAGAUCGGCGCGAUGAUCAUCGUGCUGCUUCGCGCCGUGGCGGUCCACGAGCGCGAGCCGUUCCUCCCUCCGGACCCGAUGGAGAGCGAGAUCGACCAGUUCAAAGUGCUGCUCUUCUCGCACAUCGCGCCCUCGCCGAGCAAGAACCUCCCCUACGAGUACACGCUCUCCGCGCUGCGCACGCUGGAGCAGACCGCCGAGAACAUGUUCCAGUACGGCCUGCUCCCGCAGACCAACUGCUUCGGCUGCAGUCCGCACCGCCUGCCGCGCUCGCCGUCCGCGCCGAUCCGUCUGUUCGACCCCUCGACGAACUACUUCAUCAAGACGCCCGAGACGAAGGUGUACAGCAUCGGGCACAUGUGGUUCUCGCCCUUCCUCGACGGCAUCCACGUGCUGCUCGACGGCGGCUGGGAGCGCACGAUCCCCAUGAGCGAAAUCCAGCAAAUCACCGUCCAGCUGCCCUGCAACCUCCUCGAGUACGAGCGCCGCAGCCUCCAGUCGCGCUGCCUCUCCCUCGUCACGCCGCUCAUCAGCCGCUCCAUCGACGUGGUUCUGCAGUCGCCCGAGCGCCGCGACGCGCUGCUCAACAUCCUCGACCUCUAUCUCGAGUGGGGCCGCUCCGAGGCCAGCUCCGUCCGCGCGCGCCACCCCGAUCUCUCCGCCUCCGAGCGCAGCCAGCUGCUCUCGUUCAAGUCCUUCGAGGAGGUGCGUCGCACGUCGCCGCAGCACAGCGCGCUGGCCAGCGAGCUCCACGACUCCUUCGUCACCUACGUGACCAACCGCGUCGACCGCCUCGCGCUCAUCAGCUUCGACGUGGAGUGGAGCGCCGAGCCGCCGCAGGAGCCCGCGGAGCCGUCGGAGCCGAGCGAGGCGGGGCUGCUGAGCGCGAGCGCGAGCGCGAGUCCGUCGGUGCGGUGGAACAAGUACAUCCCGAAGGUGGUGACGACGAUCGUGGAGACCAUGGUGGAGGUCAAGGCCUAUCUCUGCGACGGCAUCUUCCGGAAGCCCGGCAGCGCGGUGAAGCACGAGACGCAGAAGAAGCGGAUGAAGGACGGCGACUACGAGUUCAUCCGGUCGCUGAAGGACCCCGCGGAGCUCGCGAUGCUGCUGCUGUCGGCGAUCUCGUUCUGGGACGAUGGGCUGAUCCCCUCCGCGUUCUUCGAGGAGAUCGCGGCGAUGGGGGAUCGGAACGAGGCCUACGCGCUGCUGCACAAAAUGCCCGUGCCCAAUCGGUACAUUCUGCUCUAUCUUUGCCGGUUCUGGAGCGAGGUGACGUUGUACAAGGAGCGCAACCACAUGAGCCUGAAAGGGCUGGCGAUCGUCGUGUCUCCGUCGCUCUUCAGUCAGAAAAUGGGGCGGGGCGCGCUGGGGACGAACUAUGACCAUCUUACAUUGACUCUGCGUUUUAUGGAGCAGCUGAUACCGACGGUCGGAGCCCUGAAGCAGGAAGAGCUGAUGCGGCACGGAAUCUAUCUCUUCUGUAAAAAAUAA